AUGGUAUCCUCCGGUAGUGUCUUCUCCGAGACCCUUCAGGAGAUCACCAACACAAAACUCCAAGAGCUGUCUAAACGUCGCUCUCAUUUUGAAGAAGCCAAAACAUCCAUCUUGUCCUCAAUUGACUCCGAACAGGAUGCCGUCAAGCGUCUUGUCGCCCUGAGUGAUGGCGUCAAGAAGUCCUUCGCCAUCAAGCUUGAUAAAGACGACAAGGUCAUCCUUGGCCGCACCAAGUUCAAAAAGCUCGAGAUUGACUUGAGGAACCUCGAUCGUUUUAUUGGCCAAGCCAAGACCGACCCCUCAGUUUCUUCCAAGAUGCUGGCCGAUUGGGAAAAAUUGCUUGUUCGUCAGCUAGACAUGCAAGCUCUUCAGUACCAGUAUGCUUGGCUCUAUGGAGAGCUCGUUACAGAGUGGCUGUCAAGCGAUAAAGAAAAAGACACAGAAGUAGAUGUCGAGAUGGGUGGAGCGUUCGAGGACGUAGGUGAACAAGCUAAGCUGCAAGCCAAGAUCGACUGGGAGAACAUCGUGUUUGAACCAGCCAACGUUGACACCAAGGCCAUCACUGAAUAUCUCGACCAUCUAUUUGGUAUCGAUGUCAAAGCAAAAAAGACCAUUGCUGGCAGUCUACAGCGGCUUCGAUACUCAGUCUCGAGCCACGAAGCAUGCAUGUCAACCCCAGACCAGUUUACCGUUGCUUCACUGAAAUGGACCAUUGCAGGUCUCCAUUCGUCCGACCUUCUAUCAAACGAGAAACGAGAGGUUCUCAAGGACUUUGAAACAAAUGAUAUGAUCCUCAAAGAGAUCGCCGACGUCCUCAACAUGCGAAUCAACGCUUUGGAGUCCUGGACUUGGAACUCGGAAUCUCCGGUUUCUUUGGAAAUGACGCGUAAGAUAAGCGGCAUCUACAACAUUCACAUGCACGAAGACCUCCUUCAGGCCAUCUUCCUGCAGUACAUUGGCAUCAAGUGGAGUGUAUUUUUCAAGAGUGCAUUCAAGAUGUUUCGCAACUCUGCAUCUUGGAAGUCUGUGAGCCAGGACAUCACUCGUGACGAGAAGAGACGCCUAGGUUACUAUUUGGGCUCACUGCAGACCGAACCCUCCCUACGGAGUCAGCGAGAUGAGGUUAAUGGGGCAAGAUAUUUCAUGGCCCAGCUCAUGAAUUAUGAAACUGAGCUCGUUAAUACGGCUGAUGGCGAGGAAGAAGCGGAGUAUGAACAAUUCGGCGCCUCAUUGAAGCGAAGAUCGGGGCGGAUGAAGCAAACAGCUCGAAAAUCUACAGGAGGCGUUGCACCCCACAUGCAGAUGGCCCAGAUGGCCCAAAUGUCCCAGAGGCUUAGCCUGCAAGCACUAAGACCCCCUCGCCCUGCUGGCGUUUCCUCUAUUUCAAGAUUCGACGAAAGAAAUGAAGAAGAAGAAGGAGAGGAGGAGGAGGAGGACAACGACGGCGAGGAUGAAGGCAACAUCCGGAGCCCGAUGGCUCUGAAACAAACAUUGCUCCAUCUGUUAUCGUCCGAGAUCACAGUCAACACUCACCUUUAUGGUGAAAUGACAGCUUUCCAAUCUGUCUUUGAGGACUGGAACCCAAGGUUACCUCAUGACACUGUCUUGGAAAUUUUGAAAUAUUUCGGUGUCUCGGACACUUGGCUCAGCUUCUUCAAGAAGUUCCUCGAAGCUCCACUCAAGUUUGUUGACGAGGAUGACUCGGCUACGCGCAAGCGCCGCAGGGGAACGCCCGCUUCCCACGUGCUCAGUGAUGUUUUUGGUGAGACAACCCUGUUUUGUCUCGAUUUCUCUGUCAACCAAUCUACCUCAAGCAACCUGUGGAGGAUGCACGACAACUUCUGGUUCUGGUCCAAUGAUCACAAGGUUGCAGUCAAGGCUUGGGAAACUGUUGAUGAGUUCAUCACCGUGACUGGAGUCGACAUCAAUCCUGCGAAGAGUGGAUCAGUCCGGAUCUCGAAGGACAGUAACAUGGAGCUGACUAUCGACGAGUCACUGCCUGCAGGUGAUAUCCGCUGGGGCUUCCUGCGCUUGUCACCUAAGACAGGCCGAUUUGAGAUUGACCAGACCAUGGUUGACUCUCACAUCAAUGAGCUGCACAAACAGCUGCUUGAAAAGCGCAAGAGUAUUCUUGGCUUCAUUCAGGCGUGGAACAGUUAUGCUGCGACCUUCUUCACGUCCAACUUUGGCAAAGCAGCAAACUGUUUUGGACGUGAACACGUUGACAACAUGCUUUCCACACACAAGAAGAUCGAGCGUGAAGUGUUUGCCAAGAUUUCAGGAGGCGAAAUCACAAGCGUUGCCGAGUAUCUGAAGAAGGAACUUGGUGAACGUUUUGGUAUCAAGGAAAUCCCUGACGGUUACCUCUACUUCCCUAUGGAGCUAGGUGGCCUUGAUUUAAAGUCCCCAUUUAUCUCCCUCAUGCAGAUACAAGACCAACUCAUCGAAGACCCUGCCAAACUCAUGGUUGACUUUGAUGAAGCUGAGCGUAAUGCAUACGAGGGGUACAAAGAGACCUUUGUCAACGGAAGGAUUAAACAGGAGAGAUACGGCCUGGACGACCCUGACUGGGUACCUGAAUCCCAGCAUGACAAAGACAACUUUAUGUCUUUUCAGGAGUUCACUCGCUACAGGGAAUUUUACUCUUUCGCCCACUUCAAGGGUCCUGAAACAUUGUACCGCGUUUUCCGUAAGCUUCUCAAGAGGCCGAAGGAGUGCAAGGUCGACAAUGAUGAGACUCAGUCGGGUGCACUGGAGCAGCUACGCAAGGAGUCGAACCUUCGGGGUAUCACGGGAUGGUGGGAUCAGAUGGACGCUUAUUGGACUUGGGUUACUAUGUUCUACGGACGGGACAUUGUUGACCGCUUUGGGAGGUUGAAUAUCGUGAAUACGGAGUUGUUGCCUAUUGCGAUGGUGACUUUGUUUAGGGACAAGCGUGUCAAGUGGCAGGGUUAG